AACCUUGCAAUAAAUAGGGUGCGGUCGGAACCAUCGUGUGAGGCUAAAAAGACAAGUGUGUUCAAAGUCUUGAACUAGUUUUUUGUAUUUAGUGCUAGAGACAGAAGCAGUGAAGUCUGCAUUUUUCUGCCAAGAUCCGAAUAUAGAACACAACAAUGAUGAUCGCUGAUACAGCUUCUUCUGUUUCUUCACUUCGUACUACUUCACCAUACUGCUUCUACUCUAAAGUUGAAAAGCAAUGGCCCCAGAGGUUUGCCUUGAGUGUAAAACCAAAGCAUCUGAGGCUCUCAAAUGCCUGCAAAGUGAGAGCCACUUUAGAUUCUAACAGAUCAAUUGACAUUCCCAAGCAAUGGUACAAUCUUAUAGCAGAUCUACCCAUUAAACCGCCUCCGCCAUUGCAUCCUAAGACCCAUCAACCAAUCAAACCAGAAGACUUGGCACCUCUUUUUCCUGAUGAGUUAAUAAGACAGGAGGUGACAAGUGACAGAUUCAUAGACAUACCAGAUGAAGUUCUUGACGUUUACAAGCUUUGGCGCCCGACCCCUCUCAUUAGAGCCAAGAGACUGGAAAAGCUGCUUGAUACACCUGCAAGAAUUUACUACAAGUAUGAAGGUGUAAGCCCAGCAGGAUCACACAAACCCAACUCUGCUGUUCCACAAGCCUGGUAUAACUUACAAGAAGGCGUCAAGAAUGUCGUGACAGAAACCGGUGCUGGACAGUGGGGAAGUGCAUUAGCCUUUGCAUGCAGCAUAUUUGGCCUGGGCUGUGAGGUGUGGCAAGUACGCGCUUCAUAUGAUUCAAAACCAUAUCGAAGAUUGAUGAUGCAAACAUGGGGUGCAAAGGUCCACCCAUCUCCAUCUAUGAUCACUGAAUCAGGUCAAAGAAUUCUUCAAGAGGAUCCAUCAAGCCCAGGGAGUUUAGGCAUAGCUAUAUCAGAAGCUGUGGAGGUUGCUGCUAAGAACCCUGAUACCAAGUACUGCUUGGGGAGUGUGCUCAACCAUGUUUUACUCCACCAGAGUGUUAUAGGAGAAGAGUGCCUUAAACAAAUGGAAGCUAUUGGGGAAACCCCAGAUGUCAUCAUAGGAUGCACUGGUGGUGGUUCCAACUUUGCAGGACUUAGUUUUCCAUUCAUUAGAGAGAAGCUGAAUAAGAAAAUCAACCCUGUUAUAAGAGCAGUUGAACCAGCAGCAUGUCCUUCAUUAACAAAAGGAGUAUAUGCAUAUGAUUACGGCGAUACAGCAGGGAUGACUCCGUUGAUGAAAAUGCACACACUUGGCCACGACUUCGUUCCUGAUCCAAUUCAUGCUGGGGGCUUGCGGUACCACGGUAUGGCGCCAUUGAUCUCACAUGUUUUUGAGUUGGGUCUAAUGGAAGCAAUUUCAAUUCCACAAACUGAAUGCUUUCAUGGUGCUAUACAGUUUGCAAGGUCUGAAGGGUUGAUACCAGCUCCAGAACCAACUCAUGCCAUUGCUGCAACCAUUAGGGAAGCUAUUCAUUGUAGAGAGACUGGAGAGGCAAAGGUUAUUCUGACAGCAAUGUGUGGACAUGGCCAUUUUGACCUUCCAGCUUAUGAGAAGUACUUGCAAGGUUCUAUGGUUGACCUUUCAUUCUCAGAGGAAAAGAUGAAAGCUUCAAUGGCCAAUAUUCCUCAAGUCACACCCUGAGCUCAAUGGUGUAGUGCGAUCCAUAUAGAGGCAGUUUGGAUGAGCUUCUUUAUAAGCUCUUAUAGAAAAAGAGCUUUUUGUAGGAGCUCUAAAUGAAAAAGCUCCUCUUAAAUAAGCUAUUUAGCGUUUGGAUGCACACAUACAUAAGUGCUUAUUCAAGUAGAAAGUGGCGUUUGGAUACAUUUGUAUAAGCACUUUUAUUUUAUAAAAUUACGAAAAAGGUCAUGAUUUUAAUAUUAA